CAAAAAUGUUUUCAAGCGGUCUUCUGCUGGUUUUAUAAUUGAGGGAGUGUGCCAGAAUUUAUGCAAAUUUUUGCAAGAUAGAAGAUCAAACUCUUAAGGGAGAUGAAGGUAUUAAGAAAUUUGAAAAGAAUUAUUUAUAAACCAGAUUAACUACUUUCCAAUAAUAUAUGAAUGAACAGGUUUGUUAUGUAAUCCGGCGCUUCAUAUCAAUUUAUGACAAGUAAAGAGAAUAUUUGUCAUAUUUUGUUCCCAUUCGUUUUUGUAUAAUAGUGUACUUUAUCAAAGUCAUUAUAUCCCACAAUAAUCAUUGACCCAUCUCAACUAAUAAUGCCAGACUUGAGUUUUGUUCAUAUGUAUACGUUGCCUCAUCAUUUCGUGCAUUAAGCAUGAUAAAACAUCAUAUAGUCCGUCUUCUUUCUUUUUUAGCCUUCAGCACUAGUUUUGAAAAGCUAGGGUCUAUCUACUAUUUUUUGGCUUAAUGUGACACAGUAAAACAUUCAUUUUUUAACGUUCAUAGCUUCUGUCAUCCAGAAUGUCGUGCGGGCAUAGGCAAUGUGUUUUGGUCGAAUAUUCAUCUUACUUUGCUAUGGUCAAAGACACAUACAUAGUCUUUUAUGUUCGCUUCACAUGCACGUAGACGUAGCUUAUAAUUUCACAAAUUAUUCAUCACCACAACCGUUAAUAGUGGGACCUUCUGUUAUCUAGAUCAGACAGUUGGACGGAUGGUUAUUUACAUAGACAUUGACCGUGUGUUUAGACGCGGUUGUGCCUCCUAACUAUCGUCUUCCUAAUAAUACCUGUUAUCUAGACUUAAAGAGAUAUAUUUUCUGCCUCCGUAUACCCGCAUUACUGGUAGCAUUUGCUUUCUCUCUGUCACAAGAAAACAACCUGGCCUGCGACAGUGGAUGAAAAUGGGUCAGUGCGAAUUUCAUUUAUUUAUUUUUUCUAUUUAUCAGCUUAUUAAGUUCACCUCUAGGAUAAUAUAUUGUAAAUCUUGUAAGUGUAUUUUUAUUUCACUUUUGAUAAAGUUAUGAUUGAAUUGAUGUUUCCUAAUUUUAAUUAUGAGAUUCCGUUAAUCAUACAUUUGAAAGGAUUAUUUUACGCGUUCUUGUUUUAUAAAUAAGAUUCGAUGAUUAAAAAAAUUCUCGUGUGCGGGAUCAGGUCUGAGCAAUUAUAAAAACACAUCCUUAACCACAAUUCCUAUGAUUUCAGCUUCAACGAUGAUAUUUGGCGAGUGCAGUCUACCGACGAACAUCCCGCCGUAUUCGCCUGCCGGUGUGGGGCCCGUUUUGUGGUGGAUCGAAGCUUGGGCACUGCACCUACAAUCCAUUCUUUUUGCUCUUUACGACCUUGGCGUUCCGCUGCAUGUGUCCUUCUGGCACCGUGCCAGCAUAUGUGACUGCUGACAACGUGACGUGUACCUUGAUCAGGGGAACACCGUGUCGGACUGAUUAUGACUGCAACUCAAGGACAACGGAUUGUCUGGGCAUCAGUAUGGCCAACCCAACAUUAUUUGAAGGUUCUGGCAUCCAAGCACCAUUCUCAUCGGAUUUGACCACAUUAUUGGCCCCGAUUGUAUCAUUUAUCUGCAGCUUCAACGACGGGCUUAUAGUGGAUGUUACCAGUGUAUAUACGUGUAAUGGCGGAACUGCAGCAACAUUGGGCUCGUGUAUUGAAGUUAAUGGCAUUCCACCGUUGUCAAGCACCAGUUUUGAAGAUACCGUCCUUCCACAGGCACUUCAGCGAGAUCUCUGGAGAAGUCUGUUAAUUCCAAAUUACUCCGGGGUAGCUUUCAAUCCGGCUUAUAUUAAUUCCUUCUAUUCUGUCAACACUUUGGGGAAUCUAGUCCCGACAUGAACAUCGCCCCCUUCCGACUAGAAGGCAAUGAAAAACGCGGGGAUUGAAAACCUUCAUCGCCGAUUUUGCCCUUCAAAUAAUGUAGGCGUCUCCUCUUCUGCAGUACGUCCUAUAAUUCUACACAAAACUAAGAACGUGCGUCUGUCAUCCUGGGAAUUAUGUUCUGUUAGUCAACUGUUAUGUCGUUAUUGUUGUGCUUAAUAUAUGAAUGUAUACUGUAUUCAUAUGGUGACCUUAUAAAGGGAGCAAGGUGAAUAUCUUUUCCCCCUCUGGACUCCUUCAUCCACCUACCCCAAUACCGUUCCUUGAAAUGACCUCCUACACGACGUGGUGAUGGUAGUGUGCUGUUCAGAUACCUAGCGUCGGGAAGCAUUUAUUGCGUUUUUGUUUGCUUAUCCAUAUAUUGUUGUCACCAUAUACAUUUAUUUUCCUAAAAUCAAAUUAUAUCUGCAAUCUAUAGUAAGCUUUAGAAAUUACAAAUAAAGAUUUUGUCAUCUGAAACAUGAUGCGAAUCAAACUCCACUUCACAUAAACCCCCUUGGCUCCGACAGUCACUACUCCACAGUCGUAUUUACCUUGCUCACGUCACAGCGGAACACUGGGUAUAUACUGCCUUCAUUUAGUAUGUAUAUUUAUUCCGAUGAGGCAUCCACCCUACUGUGCAAUCUGCAGUAAAUAUCAGUUCAUGAACUUUCAUCAUCUAAGAUACGUCCAUUACAGUUGUUGAUGACACAUAAUUAUUUCUCAUAUGAUUUUUAAAUUACCUCGUUAAUGCAGUUAAUGAAAUGUUCUUAUCUUUGUCGAGUUAAAGGAAGAAGGAUAUGUUAUAUAUCACAUACAUAUACGUGUACUGUAUAUAUACCUGGCAGACAAAAUUGCAUGUUGUUUUAAGAAGUUAUAUGGUACAGCCAUACUGUUAUAUGUCACAUAAAUCCACCCAACAAUCAAUAACUUGACCGAAUUACUAGUACAUAAUUGGCAUAAUUGUAUUAUAGAGUAUAAUGCAAUAAUGAACUUUACCACUCACCAUACUAACGAACUUUUCUAAGUUUCUUCCAAGCGAGUGUUGACUUUUAUAACGUUUAGAAGAAGCAAACGUUUAAUCGAGGAUU